UGCAGGAAGUGAAGCAGUCAUGGCGAUGCCUGUAGCGUUACUUUCUGAAUCUGUGCUCGGAUGGUCGAUUUUCACAGUCGUUUUACUGGUCAUCUUGGCCUUCUGCUGGGUUUAUAUUCGGAAGUAUCAGAGUCGACAGGAGAGCGAGGUUAUCUCCACUAUCACGGCGAUAUGUGCUCUGGCUAUUGCACUCAUCACAUCAGCUCUUCUUCCGGUGGAUAUCUUCCUAGUGUCCUUCAUGAAGCACCCCAAUGGCACUUACAAGGAAUGGGCAGCAAAUAAUGAAACCAGGGUGCAGAUCGAAGACACAGUUUUGUAUGGCUACUACACUCUCUACUCCAUCAUUCUGUUCUGCGUCUUCCUCUGGAUCCCCUUUGUCUAUUUCUACUACGAGGAGAAAGAUGAAGACAACAACAACAAGUGCUUGCAAGUGAAAAAUGCACUGAAGUACACAAUAGGAUUUGUGAUUGUGUGUUCCGCGCUGCUUUUGAUUGGCUCAUCCCGUCAUCCUCUUGGGAUGGACUCGGAGAAGAACAACUGUCUCAUCUGGCGAAACGCAAGCCAAGCAGCAGGAGCUCUCUACUCCAUCAUUCUGUUCUGCGUCUUCCUCUGGAUCCCCUUUGUCUAUUUCUACUACGAGGAGAAAGAUGAAGACAACAACAACAAGUGCUUGCAAGUGAAAAAUGCACUGAAGUACACAAUAGGAUUUGUGAUUGUGUGUUCCGCGCUGCUUUUGAUUGGAACGUUUGUUCCUUUGGCGCCUCCACCCAACCAGAACUCCACUCAGUGGGAGAAGGUGCAGUACCUGUUUGAAGAGCUGGGCAGCAGCCAUGGCCUGGCCGCCCUGUCGUUCUCCAUCAGCUCGCUCACCUUGAUUGGCAUGCUGGCAGUGAUCACAUACACGGCGUACGGGAUGUCCGUGCUGCCACUGAACCUGAUUAAAGGCACACGCAGCGUCCUGUAUGAGCGGCUGGAGAACACGGAAGACACGGAGGAGGUGGAGCACCAGAUAGACAAGCUCAAAGCCAAGUGUGCUGAUGGUCGUCCUCUGUCUAUGAGAGACCGGCGGAACCUCCAGGAUCUUGAAGACAAACUGCAGUUGCUGCAUCGACGUGGACGUCACCUGGAGAUCGCAGAGAGAAACUGCUGCAAUAAAGUGGGCUCUGCUCUCCGUCCCAUGAAGAUCUUGCUCGGAGUCUUCUUCAUCCUGGUGGCCCUUUUGUUCUUCGUGACCUUGUUUAUUUCCAAUCUGGAUAAAGCUUUACAUUCAGCUGGUAUCAGCACUGGAUUUAUCAUCUUUGGGACCAACUUAACCAACCCUCUUAAUGAGCUGCUGCUGGCACUGCAACCGGUUUUCCCAUUGGAUUACGUUCUCAUCACCGUUAUCACAAUGUACUUUGUCUUCACCUCAAUGGCUGGGAUCCGUAAUAUGGGGAUUUGGUUCUUUUGGAUAAGGCUGUAUAAAAUCAGGCCUCAGAGAACCCGACCGCAGGCCCUGCUCUUUCUCUGCAUGAUCCUCCUCCUCAUCGUCCUCCACACCAGCUACAUGAUCUACAGUCUGGCCCCGCAAUACGUCAUGUACGGCAGCCAGAAAUACCUGCUGCAGACUCCACUACCCACAGCAGACCCUUCACAAAGCAAUCGUUCUGCUACCAUCACCAAGAUAUGUGAUGCAGAUGCUCCUGAAGACCAGUGCACGGUAACCAGAUCAUACCUGUUCCUGCACAAAUUUUGGUUUUUCAGCACCAUCUACUAUUUUGGCAAUUGGGCUUUUCUUGGGGUGUUUCUCAUCGGUUUGGUUGUGUCGUGCUGUAAAGGCAAGAAGUCUGUGAUUGAAGGGGAAGUUGAUGCAGACGACUCAGAUUUCAGUGAUGAUGAAUAUGUCCAUUAACCUCUGCUGUGGUAUGAAACAAACACCUGAUUUUACUAGGUCUGGUUAGCAGUUAGAGCUGGAGUGGCUCAAUCGUAAAACAGUUUUUCACCUUCUCAAAACUCAUCUUUGGUUCGUCGUUCAGAGAGAGUAUUAUUAUUAUUAUUAACAUUCUUUAAGACUUAAGUGAAUGUGUUAUGAUGCCAAAUAGAUUUUGUGUCUCUAGAGGCAUUGCUGUGUUUAAUUAGUUAAUAGUCUGAUAUGAUAACCCGUUUCUACUACCAACUGAGGGUUUAUAUGCAUGUCAUGUUGCAUUUCUGUCUGAAAUAAUUCAACACAAAAGACCAAGUUUAGUUUCAGAUAAGGUUUAAAGGUACAGAUAUUUUUGUUGACAGAAAUAAAAAGGGUUGAGAUCUUUAUGCUGAAUUAUUUAUUGAAGCUUUUUAUAAUUGCUGUGCAUAUCUGUCUUUUUGUUGUUUAGGAAUAAUACUGCUGUGUGCUUUCUUUAAUGUUUCUGAUCUCUGAAUUAUUAUUGCCAUAAUGUCGAAUUACUGUCACGCAUGUUGAUUUAUUUCACAGACUUUUAUUUUGGAAUUAUUGGAUUGUACUUGCAAUGAUAGACUGAUGCAAAAUGAUGUAAAAUAUACAGUGUUUCCCUGUUUUGCUUCUUUUCUGAAAUUAACAUUUCUUUGAAAAUGUCUGUAUCAAUGCAGU